GAUCAAGUCUGAGGUCUGCAUUACGUAACCCUCCUCCAUUCGGGAUUUGAUAUCGCUAGAAAAAACUGGAACUGCAAGGAGGUAUUUCUUUGGCUUCUUACGAUACAGGAGCUUUUACACCACCAGUGCAGCCGACGGGAAAACAAAGAGCGCGGCAAAAGAAGAAUGGAACUGGUACAAUGCUCUGAACGAACGAGCGGUCGGAACAAAUGUGGGCAAGCCGUGGCCGACGACGGUGGUGCAAAUUUUGACGCAACAGGCUUUUGCAAAAAGAGCCACGUGGCGUCGACAUUAGACCUUCGAGCACCCCGAGGUCCGCGACCAUGUCUUCGCAUUGUUCAGCAACGAAAAAUUGUGGUGAAGAGCAGAGGGCUUCUACGCUCCCGGAGGAAAUUAUGGCCUCUCGCGCGAAGUCUACUUCUUUGUACGCAAGAGGGCCCCGGACGAGCCACGGCAUCGCGAAGCAAGUUCAUGUUGGUCGCAGCGGCUCUGGUUUCGAUCUUCACUGCGCUGAGCGUUCUGCUCGCGCUUCUGACAACCGUUGCCGACGCGAUUUUUAUCGACUACGACUGCGCUUUCGGGUCCUACACCUACGACUGGACCGCAAUUUACGACAUGAUCAUGAAAGACUUUCUCGGCUCCGGUCGCCAGUCCAUGGAGAUUCCCGCGUUUGUCAGCCAAAAUGUGGUCCAACUGUUGGACAAGGGCAAGCGCGAGUGCCCCCUGGGCGCCAUGCAGAUCGCGCUCAUGUUUUACUACUACACGCUGAGGGACUACGAAAAUUCCAUACUGAAACUCGUUGUCGGGGUGAGACGCGAAAUCCUGAAGUUUAGCAGCGGCACACUGGAUUUGAACCUUGCAAUAUCCGAGAUUCGCGAAGAACUGCGCUCGCUGCAACAAAGCGAAGCAGCAAAACUGUCGUCCGACGCAGCAAGCACUGCUGCAAUACCGGAUGAUGCAACGAGUCUUGCGAACACAACGUUUUUGGCCCCGCAACUGAACCUUCCAACAGAAGAGGAGCUCGACAGAAUUCUCAAGCCGGAGUUCCACCCGAAGAUAAAAAUCAGCAAAACGGUGAUGGCCGAAUCGGUCGAACUCGUGAAGGAGACAACCGUGAAGUUCAAAUUGCCCAACGCGACGACUAUAUCGGUCGUCGCGCCGCAUGUCUGGCGAGAGGCGCUGCUGAACGAGCUGGGUAGAGAACCGAAAGAGAAGGAGCUUUACCUAGACGCACUUGCGUUCAUGCUGCAGUACUUUCAGUCCCGCAACGGGCUGAAGUGGGAAGAUUUUGCCGCCGACGUGCUGAAUUUUGUCGACGCAACUCCCAAAAGAAGUGCAGCUGCGACAAAAAGUACCUCUGAAUCUUCAGAUGCCGCCAAAUCGCUUGCGGGCGGCGAGCACGGCGACGUCGUGUUGAAGCUUUUCUACUACCUGGCGAUGACUCUAGAUCGUUUUUUCGACGUUGUCAACGCCGCUGACUCGCAGCUGCGGCCCGGGAGUCUGAAGGACAAGCUGAAGAUUCUGAUGCUGGUUCUGCAGGAGCUGGGAAAUGUUGACGAGCUGAGUACGCUGGAUUUCGCGCGCCGCGAAAGGCUCUUGUCCGACGUGUUUGUGUACUCCCGUGCGGAUCACAAGGACCUCGCCAAGACCGACACCGGCAUUCCGCUGAAGCACGAGAUGCGGGGGAACACCACGCGCCCCCAGCGGGGGAGCAACUACCACGUUCGGACGCAGCUGCAGGACCCGCAACUGGGGUUUAUCGACAGCGAAUACGAGUGGCUGGUGAACGAGGAGAUCUUGGCAAACCAGGGGAGUUUGGACCCGCAGGAAAUGGAGUGGGUGGAGGUGGACACGUCCAGCCACAUCAAAGCGCCGCCUCUGGUCUUCCGACGGUUGUACCCAAACGUCGACCCCAAUUUUGACCACGAAGCCGGGCUGGCGAACGAAGCAAAAAAAGCGGAGAAGCUUCCGGACUUGAGCUACACGCACUUGAGUUCCGCCCUUCGCUGGUUCUCGAACGACUUCUUGAAGCAGAUGAGCGUCGCGCACCCACUGAUCCAACAGUGCAUCACCGAGAUUUCCUACUAUUCGGACCUGAUCCAGGUCAUGCUGCAGCAAUAUUCGGUCACGAUUCUAGCCGAAUCCCGGUGGCCCAUUUUCGAGGGCUUGACACUGCACCAAUGGAACCACGGAGUAUCAAAAGAGUACUUGUGUACGGAGAUGGGCGACAAAAAAGGGUUGUUGCCCUGGAACGAGGUGCGCGUUCGGCUCGGGGAGUGGUCGCAGGUGAAAAGUUUGAAGAUCCAGUAUCCGGGGAAUGAAGAAAUUGACGAAAUCAACCUGGAGCUGGAGCGGUACACGGCGGAAGUCGUGCAGGCGACCUUGGGAAGUAAAGCCAUGCACGCCCAGUCCGAGGUGGAAUGUCCCUUGGCGUUGAUGCUGGUAGCCUGUAUCGAAAUCUCCAGCGCGGCCAAUCGCUACAGCGAGUACGUGCCGAAUUUCGAAGCCCCGGUGAAUAUGAUGUUCGAGACAUUGAACUGGCAGCGGAUCAGCGCUGCGGGGUGGCCGAUAUGGCAGACGCUGGUGUACUAUUCGGACAUCAACAAGGGAGAAUUUCUCUUCUCGCCCGACAAGAAGUACAGCCGCAAGUUCUUGGACCUCGAUUUGCGCGACAACGAACUGAAUUUGUACGACUACGAAAAUCACCAGUUUGGGGAUCUGCAGGCCCUCCGAACGGCGCCGAGCCUGGGCGCCUGGGGUGGGCACGUGCGCAGCAUUUUACUGCGCAAGCUCGCGGAGCCCGAGUUCCAGCUGCGGCCGAUCUUUGUCAAGGUGCUCAACGCGAUCGCGGUGGCGCUCGGGUUCGAACGGCUGCUGGAAACCGACAGCGACACCGCGGACGCGGGGGAGGUGUACUGCGGAAAUUUUUUCGAGGAGCACUAUUUGAAGGCGCUGGAGGCGCGGGACCGCAUGCGCGCCGCGGGGCCGAACGGGGCCCACGUCGCCUCCUCGCUCGACGCGAAGAUCGCCGGGUAUGAUAAGCUGAUCACGGAAAACAUUCUCGCACGGGACCACAUCAAGCUGCCCGGCGUGAAGAAAGUCGACGGUAGCGUGGCCGUGACCGAUGACCGCAGUCUCGAGCAGCUGGUGGAACCGGAAGUGAAAAACCACCCGCUGCCGGUGAUUUUCCGCGAAGAGGCCAUUCUGGUCGACAAGGGGCCAUUAUUGAAUUACCUGUUCCAGCAGGAGUUCGGCUUGGAGUGCGGGGGGUCCGGCGUCUCCAUGAGCGACUGCGUCCAGGAACGCGGCUGCUGUAUCGCGCGCGCCGAUCCUCGUGCCGCUGCCGCGAAAUCCCGGAGCGCCGAGGAAGCGGCGCAAAGCGGCGACGAGCUGUCGGACCGGCAGAAAAAGCUGAAAGAGUUCCAGCCGAACCAGAGCAAGAAAAACUGGAGCCAGGAGGAGGCGCGGUUCAUCGAGCAGAACCGAGAAGGCGAUUUCAGCGGAACAACCUUGUCGAAGCAGCAUUUGCCACAACCAGUUUGUCUGCAUCACCCGCAGACUCGACUGGUGUUUCCGAUGAGCCAGGGACGACCGCAGUACUCGCCGUUGGGGGCGGUGUACGAGAAAGAGGUACUAAAUUGAUGCGUGGUGAUUUGUUUUGUUUUGAAUACCAGGAUCGAUCAGCGAAUAAAACCUGCGACUCGUGUCAAUGCUCUUCAUUGCUCUUAGUUUCAUCUUCAGCGAAUUCCAGCAGGCGUAUUCCAUUCAUAUCGAACAGCUUUCGGACGGGCGUGCGGGCGUCGACAGCGAGAACAAUCGCGCGGUGACACGCAGCGCCCGGCGACUGGUUCUCGUAACUCUGCUGUACGGCAAGAACUGGUCUGAGGUACUGCCAAUCAUGCUCGGACGGCUCUACGGGCAGCUGCAGAUCACGUAUCCGAUGGUUGUUGUGAGUGUGGGCGAAACCGCCUACACCACAUGUUUGAAAUACCAGACCUACGGCCGCGUGGGGUGCUGGCAACCGAAAACAGAGUCACAGGUAUUUUUGGGGUUUUGCAACGACGGUUUCUUUCGGUUUCGUCCUGUUUUUCCUUUUCGUUCGGGAUGAAAACCUUGCCUGUUCCGUUUCUCUACUAGAAAAUGUUUUUCCACACUACAAAAAAUACCAGGUGCACCGCUUCACGAUUAUCUUCUUUCUGAUGCAGCUCGGUUUGGAAAUUCUGUAUUUCGACAUGGACACGUACGCGGUCCAGGAUUUUAUCACGCCAAUAGUCGAGUACGCUGACCGGGGAAACCACGACAUCCUGUUCCCACAGCAUCCCGACGGGCCCUGCAUCAACAUUGGAUUGUAUUCGGUUUUUUCAUCUACCUCGCGUGUUCCAUGCAGUGUCAAACUGAUUUCGUUUAUAACCAAAGAGCCAGCUGCAGCUCCCAUGAAGACGUUGUUCAUUUCUACAAAAGGUUCUAUUUCCGUCCCACGAUUCUGACGCUGCAAUGGUUCCACGACUUUUUGGAGUGGUAUCACUCGUACCCGUACGAAGUAGACCAGAGAGGCUUGGACGCACUUACCUACGCAAACUCGACGUUGAAGGUCUCGCACCAGCCAAGGAGGGUAGACAUGUCGGUGGCCAGCCCAUACUGGGUAGAAAUGAAAGCUUUUUUUGAUGUUGGUUGUGACAAGCAGUGUGUGUAUGUGUGAUGGAAUAAAAUCCCAAAAAGCAGAAGCGACGAGAAACGUCACUAAAACACGCAAAACAGGUCGACAGCCUGCGCACAUACGUGAUGAUGGCCCCGCGGGGACCGUGGAUGGGGGACCACUACAACGUGAAGUUCAUUCACUGGUUUUCCCGCACGUUUGACGACAAGUGGCCGGAAAUCCAGAUUGCCUACAACGCCGGCGACCGUGCGGCCAACGAGGGCAUGUCGUUGUCGCAGGCGAUGCGCUUGCUGAAGAACCACCCGGAACUCGCCGAGAAAAACGAGAACUUCCGGGACAUCAAAAUGCUCAUGGAUGUCAUGGACAUCUACAAGGUGGACAAAGUACCCGAGAAACCCAAAUGCUGGUAA